AUGUUUGGUUAUCAACAAACUGCUUAUAAUUAUCCUGCAUACGCUUCUGCAAAUGGACAACAAACUGCUAAUUUGGUUGGAUAUCAACAGCAGACUGGAACAACGGGAACUGGAACAGCCGCAGCAAUGACACAGAUGGGGAAUGCUGCUGCCGCUAGUGGUUACACGUAUGACACCUCCCAAUAUUCGUUGGCGGCUUCUGCUUAUGCUCAUUAUAGUCAGGCUGCUCAACAGCAACAAACGGCUACCGCUACUGGCAGUUAUACUGGUCAACCAACAUCUACCGACUAUACUGGUUAUACUGCGACGAUUAGUUCUGGAGCUUAUGGAGUGAUUGGUGGAGGGAAGCCUACCACUGGUGCUGCAAAGACUGGUGCGGGGACUGGAGCAAAUGCUGUUACUGCACACUAUGCUGGCUAUGAAGCUGCUGUCUAUGCUGCUGCAUCCAAUUACCUUCAGAACAAGAAUCAGGCUCGAACUGGCGGUUCAAAUUGGAAGGGAGGUCGAGGUAAUUUCUAUAGGAAGGUUCUGUUUAAUUUUCUUUUAGGUGGUCAGUUUGGAGGAAAGAAACGUUACGGACUUGGUCAUCAAAGUCGUGAUAUUCAGCAUUUCUUUUGUGAAGUUUGCAAGAUUAGUUGCGCUGGGCAAGCAGCUUAUAAGGACCACACUGAUGGAAAGCCUCAUAAGAAAAGGGAACAAGCUGUUAAGGAAGAAGCUAUGCAUAAACGCAUUGGUUUUCGAUGUGAAGUUUGUGAGGUUACUUGUUCAAGUAAGGACACUUUUGAUGCUCACGUUAAAGGCCAAAAACAUCAACGUACAAUUGCUUUGUUGCGCCGUAUGGGCAAGCCUGUUCCACAAAUUGACUUGGACAACAUUGGGGCCAAUUUGACGACUAAAGCUCAGGGCAAACCAAUUCCAACUGUUGGAACUUCUGGUCCAUUGAAGAAGGUUGUGGGUGUUACUGGGACUAAAUUUGUUGGAGGAACUACUCUUUUGACUACUGGCGAGGAAUAUAAGAUGGGCACAAAUGCGGCUACUGCUGUUACUGGAGCUAUGAAACCGCAAGAUUUGGAGAAAGCUUUGUUGGGCGAUGAAGAUGUUAAGCCAGUUGGUGAAGAAUUUAUUGAAGAAGACAAGGAUUCACUUGGAAAAUUCGUUGCAUACAUGUGUAAGCUCUGUGACUGUAAAUUCAGUGAUAUUAACGCUAAGAACGUUCAUCUUAAAGGAAGGCGUCAUCGUCUUCAAUAUAAACAAAAAGUUGACCCAAGUUUAAAAGUUGAAAAUAAGAGUGGUUGGGGAGGUCGUCGUGAUGGACAUCGUCGUCGUGGUCAAAAAGAUGAUGGAUACUAUAAUGGACGUGCCGAAUUCCAAUUUAUGCAACAGCCACGUCCUAUUCUUCCAAUGCCUCGAAACCAGGAAGUUAUGGAUGAUAAGCAUGUUAUUCAAAAACUUCAGCAAAUUCAACUUAGCAUUGAAGAAGUUAGAGAAGUUGAUCGUUUGGCUUUGUAUGUUGAGAAAACUCUUAAAGCAGUUUCUGACUCUAUGAUUAAUUCGACCGAAUUAACAGCAGAACAAGUGGAGCAAAAACGUGUCUUGAAGGGUGUGAUGCGAGUUGGACUGUUAGCUCAACAUUUGCUUCUUAAAACGGACAAAAUGAUUGAUCUUGUGGUUCUGUGCUCAAAUAUUCCAUCUAUUACGUUGCUUAAAAAAGUUGUUGAACUGUUCAAAAAAUUUGCUGAAGUAUGUUUCAAGUUUUUAAAGAAUUUCUUUGUAAAUUUUAAGCUCAAUGAUACCGAUAAAUUGACAAUUCAAGAAAAAAUUAACGAGGCAGCUUUUAUUAUUAAUCUUAGCACAAUUCCAUUUGAAUGUAGAGUGACUAUGACAUCUGUAGUUUUGCGUGAAGGAAAUCAACCAUCACCUCAACAGAAGGAAGGAGAAACUGAGGCAGCAAAAGUUGAAGAAGAAGCACCUCCAAUUGAUCCUCUUCCAAGGGAAGCUUGUCUUAAUGCGUUGGCUGAACUUCGACGUGCAAAGUUUUAUCAAGUAAAAUGUAUGCCGUUACAUUCAAUGAAUCCAACUGUUAAAGCUGUUAGAGAUAUUAGUCAACGAGUUCGUACUUGGUCUCCACUUCAUAAUUGGGCUAUCAUUUUACUUGUUGAAAAGACGAUUGCUUCUAUCUCUAUGCCUUUGAGCCCUGGCGAUGCUGUUCGACGAAUUUUUGAAGUGAUCUCAAGCGGCAUUUUUCUUAGCAAGCGUUCAAAAUUGUUGGAUCCUUGCGAGAAAGAGCCCGUAGAUGUUUUGGGACAUAUAACCGAUCAAGAACGAGAAGAUAUUACAUCUUCAGCCCAACAUGCGCUUCGUUUAAUUGCUUACAAUCAAGUUUACAAAAUUCUUGGAAUUGAUCGAAUUCCUGAUCCUCUUCCAAUGCCAGAAACACAACAACUUGGAGGAGGUGCAAAAACAGGGCAGAAAAGAGCGCGUGCUGGAUCUUUUGCUGGCGGCGUCAAUGAAGACCAAAAUGAUGGUUAUGAUGUUGUUGUUGGCCUUGACGCUUCAGCAACAGAUCCAGUUGGCGGCAAAGGGAUUCAUGAUGGGGGUGAGUCAUCCUAA